CCUCGGGCGCUCAGUUAAACACCCACGUCAGCACUGCCGUUUUUUCUCGGUCUAUAAACGGGUUUCGGUCUUUAGGGCUGAGCAGGAAGUGGAGCGAAUGUGUACCCCGAACCAGUAAAAGAAGGAGUAAAAUUGCCAACUAAAAAUAACAAAAAAUGGCAAUGGUGACAGAGAUGGGGGCGAAUUUGGCAUAUCGGGCAACGGGCGAACCAAAUCACCUACAGGCCCAGCGGUGGUACCAUACGGACAUCACAGCCGAUCACCAGAGCUAUCUGCUGAAGCAGUUGGAUAAUCAGAGGCGUCAGGAGCUGUUCUGUGACUGCAACGUUCUGGUGGAGGGCCAGCUUUUCAAGGCCCACCGCAAUGUCCUUUUCGGCAGCAGCGGCUACUUCCGUAUGCUGCUUUCCCAUGGGGCCGAUGACAACGCUGAGCCGGUCAGCACCUCCUUCGAGGUCUUUAGCCCCGACACGUUCACCGUCAUCCUGGACUUCAUCUACUCUGGACAGCUGGACCUCUCCAGCCACAAUGUGAUCGAGGUGAUGUCCGCUGCCAGCUACCUGCAGAUGAACAACGUCAUCAGCUACUGCAAGGACUUCAUCAAGUCCUCCCUGGAGAUCAGUGCCAAAGAGGAUGAUGUCCGCUACCUCAGCUUGUCUGAGAACAGCUAUCCUCAGGUGGGUAGGGAGGACAACGCCAUAGACCACCAAGCAGCCACCUCCACCAGCCCUCCCUCUGCCCUCUGGACCCACGACAGCUCCAGGCCCCAGUCCUCCAGGUACCUGGUGAAGGAGUUGGACCUGGAUGCUGCAGUCCUGAAGCAGGAUCUCAGCUCCCCUCAGCCCAGCCAGCAGCACAGCCCUGAGGUGGAGGUGCUGCCGGAUGCAGAGGAGCCCCAGUUUGCCCGGCCUCGUGCGGAGCGCAGACGGAAAGGGGCUGGCAAGAGGAAACCCUACUGCAUGCGCUCCUCAACAGAUGAGGCCCUGGCCAUACAAGAGGCCCGGUCACAAACGGCACAGAAGGCAGACGAACUGUAUGCCACUCUACCUACCAUUGUGGGUGUUGUGGGACUCUUUAACAAAGACCCUAACCCCUCCAUGCGCUUCAAGUGCCCGUUCUGCACUCACACGGUCAAGAGGAAGGCAGACCUGAAGAGGCACCUGCGCUGUCACACGGGCGAGCGGCCGUAUCCCUGCCAGGCCUGCAACAAACGCUUCACCCGCCUGGAGCACCUUCGCAGCCACUUCGAGACGAUCCAUCAGGCCAGGAAGCUGGUGUGCAGGAAGUGUAAGCGUCAGGUGACAGAGCAAAGUGGGCGAGUAGUGUGUGAGGGCUUGCGGCGCUACCGAAUGUGUACUGAGUGCAUCCAGGAGACGGGCUGUGAGGAUCUGCCUAUCGAUGGCCUGGAGGGGGCUAGCGAGGAGCCUGCCCUGUUGCUGGGGGUGGAUGGGGAGGAGGAGGAUGGAGACACACAGAGGAGUUGGCUGGUAACCGAUGAUGACGACCUGGCAGAAGACUCAGGAGCUGACCUUAUCAUCCAGGAAGUGGAAGACAGCGAUGAGGAGCUUCAGUGAAUGUGUGUGUGUGUGUGUUUUUGUGUGCUUGCUUGCUUGGGCACUUUUGUGUAUGAGUGUCUGCUAUAUUUCUCAACGUUUAUUGUCAGUGAUUAUAUAUAAAUAAGCAUCCACAUUUUUAAUGACUAUUCAUUGGAGAAAGUUAUGUUGAAUAAUAAUUGUUUAUAACUGUAAAUAUUAGAAUUUGUAAUAUAAUAGACUGCUUUUAUUCUGAACAAGACGUUUUCAAGCUUUUAUUUUCAGUUUAAUAUGAAAAGAAAAAGUGUUUGAUAUUCAAUGUACAAUGUUACCAUUUUGUUUGUCAGCUUUUAUCUUUCUUUGCAUCAAGGGACAUCAAAGGGAAGUCAGAGGUGUUUAUAUAUGUUUGCCAAUGCCUUUCAUGUUAAGUCAACUACAGUGGACAGUGUUUGCACGUUUUUGUGUAGAGAAUGUUUUACUCUUUUAAUUGUUUACUAUUAAUUGUUUGUUUUUAUUUACAAAUGAAUUACUACAUAUUAUUUUGACCAUGAUUAUUGUUGAUGUAUCAUUCAUGUUUAUUUAUUAUCUUUUAUACUUAUUUUACACACAUAAAAUUUAUAUUUUUAUAAGAA